ACACGCUGCCUACGCAUACCCGAGUCGCCGACUUCUCCGCUUCCCUGCUUUUUUCCUUCUCCCCAACCCAAACGCAGAGGAGAGGACUGGGGUUUAGCGUAGUGGUGGGGUUUAGCCUGCCAAUGGCGGCAUACGGUGGCGGCGGCGCGCGGGGAAUCACUCCUCUCCGUUCCUGCAGGACGGGGCCGUCCGCCUCAGCUCCUCACAGCGGCAGCGCUCCACCCUACCACGUGCCGGAGGUUGGCGAGCUCACCGAGGUGGUGCAAGGCGCACUCGAGAUCGGCUACGGGGAGAAGUUCCUCGACGUGCGGAUCGAGAUGUGCGGCGAGGGCCCGGCGGCUCUCGAGGAGGCGAGCAGCCGCGCGGAAGGUGUCCACGCCUACCGGGAUUCGGCGCGAUUGGUGUACGGGGAACCUGCAGCCCUGCAGAGCGACGACGCGAAGACCAUCUCGAUGGCGGGGAGGGUCCUCCUGGCGUGCGCGCAGAAGGUGGUCUGCUUCCCCGUCGCCUGCGGGCUGGUGGUUGAAGCGGCGCUGCGAGGAGGUCGCGGGUGCCGGAGCUGGGACCGGGGACGGCGCUUAUUCGACCACGCCUCGCAGCGGCGCGUGCUUCUCCUCGCGGCCAGCAGAGUACUUGGAGCCCAGAUGAACAAUCAAGAUAAAACUGCUGAUAUUGAUGUUGAUAUACCUGGACCCAUUGUGCACAUGGUCAAAAAAUCACAGAUCUCUCAUGGGGCAAUUGAGUACCUAGUAAUUGAUGAGGCUGGAAGGAUACUGGAUAUGAUGUUUGAGUCGCAGACAAGAAUGAUAGUUUAUAUGAUGAACAUGCCAAGCUUCCCACCGGAUAGACAGGUAGCUGACUCAUUGCGGUUUUGGCUAUUCUCAAAAGGUUUCCCUGCAACAGAGAUCUGUGGUGACAGAACACAGCAGAGAUUGGCUUCUGGAUUCUCAUCAAAUGUUAUAUUUGUUACUGUCCGGAGGGUUGGGUCAAGCACUUACCUAAUGGUGCUGAUUGAGUUUGUUAUUGAUGGGAUGAAAAGAGGCUUCCUGCUAUGUCCUGUAGGCAACCAAUUUGUUGGUGCGGCUAACAGAAAGCUACAUGAACUUCUAAGUCUGUUCUAUGUGGAGAUGCAGUGGGAAACCGACUCAUUGCGGUAUUGGCUAUACUCAAAAGGCUUCCCUGCAACACUAAUAUUUGGUGACACAUGUCCAAUGUAUAACCAGCAGUGUGAUCUUGAGAGCGGUGUAGAUAUUCUUGUUGCAACACCUGGAUACCAUGUGGAUUUUGUUGAAGGAUGGUGGUUCUCUUUUGAAGGAAUCAAGUACCUGGUUAUGGAUGGUGGUGACACUGAGAAAACAAAGAUAGUUGAUAUGAAGAAUAGAUCAAAAGAUUCUGUAAAUGAGAAGGGCAAAACGUUCUCUUUUCAAACUGGACUGAGAGUUGUGGUACCCAAGACAGGAGCUUUAAUGUAUAACCAGAUGCUGUAUUCAGAUUUCUUGUCAAAAAAUAUAUUUAUCACUGUCGGGACUGUCAGGUCAAGCACUGAUCUUAUUCUGCAGAAAAUUGAGUUUGUUAAUGAUGGGGAGAAAAGAGUCCUUCUGCUAGACCUGUUACAUAACCAGUCUGUUGGUAUGGCUAGUAGCAUGGAAGCUGAUUCAUUGCGGUUUUGUCUAUUCUCAAAAGGUUUCCCUGCAACAGGCAUCUGUGGUGACAGAACACAGCAGAGAUCGAUUGUCUUGUCAAAUUACAUGUGUACAACUGUCGGAACUGUGGGGUCAGACACUGAUAUGUUUGAGCAGAAAAUUGAAUUUGUCGAUAACUUGGACAAAAGAUGCUUCUUGCAAGAUCUUCUAUGCAAGAAAUCGGGUUCUCUCUGCGGACCACUCGUUCCCUCAUUUCAAUCUGCUGCAUGGCUGUACCUGUUCAUUGCAAUUAUGUUUUUGCUAAUUCCAAGAUCUAGUCAGUUGCCAAUAACAGAUAACACAACAGAAAUUUGCCCAGCACCAUAUAUGCAGUUCAAGAGGCCUGCUCCUGUUUAUGUGCCACGCCUGUUCAAGCCAGAGGAUCUUGGAUACAAAGAAAUUCUGAUGUUAGAUAAUACUUCUACGGCAAAAAGCUAUGCUCAACAAUGGGCUUUAACACUUGGACCGACUAUUUCAUUCUUGGCAAACUUUGCUCCACUAAUAACCGCACAUGGGAUCAGUAAUGUCGCUGCCAAAAACAUACUGCUCCAAGGAAUUUCCUGUCUCCUUUUUGCCCAAACGAACCUAUCCUGGACUUUUUACCUGCACAAUGAUAGUGCAGGCACAGUGGUUUACUACUCAGCAAUCUUUGCUGCUCUCUUGAACGCCUUCUGGUCUGUUUUCUUCUGGAAAAACUCAAGUCUUGAUGCCAAGCAAACAAUGCUUGCCCUUCUUGCGUGUGUUAUCAUGGGAACUAUCAGCUAUGCUUGCUUGCUUAUGGCAGGUGUAUUUGCUCUUAUUUGUCUUCUGUGCGGCCAUUUCUUCCGUAUCAAAUGCAUGUGUCAUGUCCAGAAAUUUCAUGGGUUUACAUGCGCAAUGUCUUUUUUAGGUUUAGGGGGUUCUCUAUGCAGUCUAUAUGGAGUAGGUAUUAUUGGUCCGGUGACAAUUCCUAAGGUUUUUUCUGCAAUUUCAUUUGUUGUCCGUAUGAUUGAUAUACCCCUGCAAGUGUAUUUCCGUUGUUGCAUUGAACAAACUGAGACAACAGCUGUGGGUGAAGGAGAUAAGCAGAGAAGAGAGCUUGCACUUAAUGAGCCUUUGCUACAUCCUGGUCCAAAUAUCUCACAAAACAAUGUUGAUGUUGAUCGGAUAGAUGUGUUGGAUGAUGAGCAAAGUGAACUGUCCUUGGGUCUCAACGAUGGUGACAUGCAUACCUCGACAGAUACUCCUAGAAGCUCUGCAUUGUCAGGACAUUCAUCUGGGAGCAUCUCAGACUCCAGUACUGAAGCUGGCUCACAGGCGGAGACAAGUAUGGCACAGGCAGAAAGGAAUGGAAGAACUGAUGUUGCAUCGGAAGAUGUGAUUCCAAGUUCAUUUGAGCAGGCAUACGGGGUUGAAGACUGUGAAGCAGCUCCUUCAGAGUUUAAUGGUCAUGAGACAAUGGAGACGAGAUCAGUGCAGGCGAACAUGGAUGGAAGUAUUGAGGUUGCAUCAAUACAGAAUAUAUCAAAUUCAGUCAAGCAAGCAUCAGAUGGCAAAGACUCUGGAUUGGCUCAUUCUGAGCUUACCACAAGGAUGCCUGGAAAGUUAGAAAAUGAUAAUAAGAAUUAAGAACCCAUCCGUGGCCUAAUGAAAUGUACUUCACAGCAUUGGUUGAUUGUACUCAAUCUUGUUUAGUAUGUGGCAGUACUUAGCUUCCACAUCAUAAUGUUGGUUACUAUCUCCAUCUAGUGCGUGCUGAUACUUCAACUAAUCUGCUUAUCUGGUUAUAUGUGUGGCUCUGAACACGUUAAUUAAUUACAGAAUGGUACUAUGUAUAUAUUUUCCAGUUAGCCAACUUCUGUCUGCUUUUGCACAAA